UUUCUUAUAUAGUAAAUGAAUUUUGAGUGUGUUUCUAAAAUGCAUUCUAUGUGAGGUUUUUUUAUAAUUUUAACUCUUAUUUUAAGUAUAUUAGUGAAGCUCCCUUUUUUAAAAGCAAAGUUUAUAGAGCAAAAACACAUCAUACUCCUCCCAUGUCCAUCAUGCAAUCUACUUGUUUUGAUAGGUGACAGUUGGAGUUCAAUAAGGUAUCCAAGUCCAAGGCCAUCAAGAUCCACAGCUCAAUCUCUUGUCUUUCCUUUUGCUUAUAGGCAAAUGAACCUUGAAAAGGUCGCCCCUUGAAAUUAUUUUAGAAUAUAUUGCACAAAUAACAAGUCUUUGAACAAACCGAAGAAAUUUCAGGAACAAGAAUUGAUGUCUCAACUUCAACCUAUAUAUACUUCCCAUGGACCAUCCUCACUGACCAAAGCUUCUUAAUACUCUCCACACAAAUUAGCCCAUCUUUCCAAGAUAUAAUUUCUUACUAUAUAUCUUCAACUCUCUGAAUUACUAUGGGUGUCAUCACGUGUACAGAUGAGUACACUUCCCCAAUCCCUCCAGACAGGUUGUUCAAGGCCUUGGUCCUUGAUGCUCACAACCUUGUCCCAAACCUCAUGCCUCAAGCUGUUAAGAGCAUUGACACCCUCCAAGGUGAUGGAAGGGCAGGAAGCAUCAAGCAAUUCAACUUCGCUGAAGGUAGCGAACUAAAAUCUGUGAAAAACCGUGUUGAUCAGGUGGAUGAAGAGAACUUUGUAUAUGGCUACACCUUGAUUGAAGGAGAUGCAUUAAUAAUGGAGAAACUUGAAUACGUUUCUUAUGAGGUUAAGUUUGAGGCUGCAGAAGAUGGUGGUAGUAAGAACAAGAUGGUGAGCAAGUACCACACCAAGGGUGACUUUGUGCUGCAAGAGGAAGAUAUAAAAACUGGCAGGGAAAAGGCAUUGGGGAUGUACAAAGUCGUAGAAGCCUACCUCCUCCAAAACCCUGAUGCCUAUGCUUAAAGCCUUAAACUUUAAGCACAAAGAGAAGAGACCCAAAAGAAAAUUUCUCUUGGGCUUUGCUUUCAUUAGUUUAUGGGGCUUCAUAAUAAGGACUUCUUUGCUUGAUAUGCUUGUGACUCUGGUUGAUCUGGAGUCCUUCUGUAAUGCGGGACUUAUUUAAGAUUUCUAGACGAGAUCCUAUCUCUUAACUGUUAGAUCAAACUAUCCAAUUUGAUCUAAUUGCUAACGAAUUUGAUCCAAUAAUUAAGAAAUAUAACCUCAUCUAAGGACCUUAUAAGGCCCUCACUAUAGAAUUGAUAGGUUGAUUUGAAGUCUCAAUUCGUUGGAGAUUGGCAACACAUAAAUAAAUAAGCUUCCUACAUAAUAUUGAUUGAAAUAUCAUACUUUUUCUUCUUCGCCCCGGCAAAUGUCCUUUAUUUAUUUAAUACAAAAAAAUA